CAAAUGCCAAAUACUGUCUCGGCGGUCCUCAGCGCGGCAAUCAGAACGUGAAUGCCGCGUCUAGAAGAGCGCUUUGGAAUUCGCGUUGCACCUGCGAAACGAUAUCCGGACUUGCCGGGUCGUCCUCGCCCCCUAAGCGCGUGAAUUCACGCGUGGAAGGCAUCGAGAAAUCGCUGGACCCGGGAACAGAGCGACUCGCCAGGAUGAUGGGUAGCAUGCCGAGCGGGCGGAUGAGGAGGAUCCUCCUCUUCCUCGUCCUGAUGACCGGGGUCCUGCUAAUCGCCAUGUACGCGCACGCUCCUCCGCUCGCAUCGCUCCAGCCGAUCGCCUCACGUCGGACAUUCCAAAGUCCGUGGUCCUGGGCGUGCGUGGCGAAUCGAUGUGAGAAGCGAGCAGUGAGGUCCUCGAGAACGUCUUUGGCCACCUGCACUGCGCAUUGCGGGGGAAACACUCGUCUGCUGUGGCCGAGACCGACCAAAAACGUCGUCUUGGGCGACGAAAGUGUCAUUCUGCAUCUUCAACAGAUCGAGUUCGUCUACGAUAUGAGCGACCAGGAGACGAAAGAUCUGCUGGAGCACGCGCAGGAUGUCUUCAUCGGCAACAUCAGGAGUUUGGUGAAGGUGCUGAACGCUAAAAGUCGGUCCGGUAUCGACUCCUUCGUCAUAUACCUGAGCGCCGAGAACGCUCGAGGCACCACCUUGACUUUGGACACCGAUGAGUCCUACAAACUGGAGCUGAUGCCGAAGGGGAAGAACCUGAUGGCCAAGAUCUGGGGCAAGAAUUACUUUGGUUUACGCCACGGCCUUGAGACUCUCAGCCAGUUGAUCUGGUGGGACGAGGCCGCCGCCAAGCAAGGCGCUCUUCGUAUUCUCACGCGUGCCUCCAUCGAGGACAAGCCCGCGUUCCCUUAUCGUGGCCUCCUCAUCGACACCGGCAGACAGUUCUUCCCGGUCGAGGAGUUGAAGAGGGUGAUCGACGGCAUGGCUGCCACGAAGCUCAACACCUUACACUGGCACCUCACCGACUCGCAGAGCUUUCCGUUCGACUCGGCGCAAUACCCCGAAAUGGCGAGAUGGGGCGCCUACAGCGACGACAGAAUUUACACGCCCGACGACGUGAAGGACCUCGCGGACUACUCGAGGAUACGCGGCGUACGGAUCGUCGUCGAGAUUGAUUCCCCGGCUCACGCCGGCGCCGGCUGGCAGUGGGGUGUGGAGCACGGUUUCGGCGAGCUGGCGUUAUGCGUGGACCAGCAGCCGUGGGCGUCGUACUGCGGCGAGCCGAACUGUGGCCAGCUGAAUCCCAUAAACGAGCACUCAUAUCGAAUACUCGAAGGCCUCUAUCGGGAACUUCUGGACUUGACCGAAGUGCGCGACGUGGUGCAUCUCGGUGGCGACGAAGUGAAUCUCGAUUGUUGGGCGCAAUAUGGCAACAUCACCCUGGCUAUGCAGGCGCAGAACAUGACAGACUAUCACGAACUCUGGGCCGAGUUCGAGAAGAAGAUGUUGCAACGCGUCAUUAAGGCGAACCACGACCGAAUGCCGAAGGCGGUGAUUCUGUGGAGCUCGCCGUUGACGAAGCGGCCGUACAUUACCACGUACUUCGACCCGAAGAUCCACAUCAUCCAGUCGUGGGGCGCCAGCAAUUGGCCCGAAACGUCGGACCUCCUGGAGGACGGCUUCCGCGUGAUACUGUCGCACGUGGACGCCUGGUAUCUGGACUGCGGCUUCGGCAGGUGGCGGGAAAGCGGCGAGGCCGCCUGCGGCGAGUAUCGCACCUGGCAGACUGUUUAUAAUCACCGUCCGUGGAGGGACUAUCCCCAGGAACAAGUGCCCUUGGUUCUCGGUGGCGAAGCGGCUAUCUGGAGCGAGCAAACCGGACAGUCAUCUUUGGGACCUCGACUAUGGCCUAGAGCGUCAGCGCUCGCCGAACGAUUGUGGAGCGACCUGCCAAUGAUGAGUUACUCCACGGACGAGAACGUUUACACCAGACUGGCCGCGCACAUCGAAGUUCUCGCCAGCAGAGGCGUCAAGACGGAAUCGAUGUGGCCGCACUGGUGCUCCCAGAACCCCGGGAAAUGUCUCUGACCUAUCGUCAGAAACGCGCGCGAACCGUCUCGACCAACUGUUCUACGAGUAUUGUACUUGUACUUAUACAUUGUAAUGUACAGCGCCGAUAAUCAUGUAAGGACCGGACCAGUACUGUCGAUGUGAGACCGCCGGGUAAUUUCCAGGCCCGGAACCAACGAGAAAUCGCGAGAGUAACCAACGCCCGCGGAUCCGCAAUCCGCUGUUGAUUUUCCCCGUAGCAACCGUUCUCGCGAUCUCAGCUAACUCUGUCCUUCGUUCCUUCUGACGCACUCGCGAUAUCACGGUGCGUCGAGUACGAAUACGGGGAGGGGAGACACUCGAAAAAAGACUCAGGUAGCCAGGUAAUACUCGGACACCGACAGCACUGGACUGGACGAGGAGCUUCGCGGAGUUCGUCGCGAGCCUCGCUCCUCGCUUUCGGUUUAUUAUUAUUAACACACUGCGAUCCGCGGUCCGUACUAAGUCAUCACGUACGAUUUAUACGAGGCGCGUUUAUGAUCGUACUGAGCUCUCUCUCUCUCUCUCUCUCUCUUUCUCUCGACGCUUUCUCAAGUGCCGAUGAGAAGAUAAUUGUUAAAAUUAAAUUUGCAUUUGGGGGGGGGAGGGUUACGUGUAUAAUAUUAUAAUGUUGCGAAUAUAUAUAUAUGAUAUUAUAAUAUCACGAGAGUAUAUGUCUCUCUCGGUAACAGUUACAGUCAUGCGAGUAUCUGUAAUGUCAACAAAGUUAUCGUUGCGAUGUCGACCGUAACAAUGGUUCAGUUACGUCGUCGUGCCAUUGAUAAACCGUAUCGUGUAUCGUGUUGAUAAACUGAGGUGGCCGAGUGCCGUCGGCGGAUCGCAAUGUGUCGAUGUCUUGUGACAGAGACAUUUAAGUCGUAGAUAUUUAUACAGCUUAUCAUAGGUAUAUUAAAUAUUAGGGGAAACGACUGGGUGAUAUAUUGUUCAACGAUACACAUCCGGGCGCACAUCGACGAUCAACGUUAUACGUUCUCGCUGUAUCACCUUUUUUACAUUGCGCUUCGGUGUCUCUGCUAUAGGAAUAUCGAUGAUUUUAAUUUUAAGCUCUGUACUGUUAAGAUACACAACACGUGUUUUCCGGCGAGCGGCUUCGGUUUUGCGCGUCUGCGGGUAGAUCGGUGUAGAUCAGUAUAGGUAGAUACUGUCCAAUUAUUGUGAAUGAUUACUCUCUCGGGCACUCGCAUUACCGUGAUUAAUUGUACAUAGCACUUCGGGGAAACGAAAGGCGAGAGAGACCGACCGGCCGGUGCGAGAUCGGACCGUUGUGGAAAUCAGUGACGGACGACGAUGCACGGUUGUUCACCCGGGUUUAUUAUUAUCCGCAAUUUUUUAUUCCGGACGCGUCCGGCUGCCCGAGUGUCCGCAGACACGCGAGGCAAUCAGCUCCGGCGACAGUCGUGGCGGUCCUAUUGGACUAUCAGUGUGAAUACCGGGAAAUUGAUCUAAUAUUUAAAGAAGAGGAAUAUCGGAGAAGAUAAGAGAUACAAAAGUAAUAUAUUGAAUGACAUCGUAAGAUAAAUUAAAAAAUUGGAAAAAUUGUAGGAUAUGCGAUGAGAAAUGUAUGUGUACAUAAGACGCGCGAUUGUCGGCGAUCGCAAAAGCCGAGCCGAUCGCAGCGAGAUACGUGUUACGACGUGUCUCUGUUAUGAAGUGCUGCUACACACGGAUUUAACAUAAAAUGAAUGUUGAAUACAUGA